UGUGGUGUCCUGGUCACCACUGUGGGGAGGGAGGUGGCACUGCUGCAGCCAGCGGGCGCUGCAGGAGGGAGGUGGCACUGAGAGGACCCAGGCAUCUGGGAGGUGUUGGUAGUCAUUCCUCAGCCUGGGGUGAUGCUGACCUGUCUCUGCCCCUGCAGCACUCGCUGUCUGUCCUCAUGGAGCGCAUGUACUCUGCCACCCCGCACUUUGUGCGCUGUGUCAAGCCCAACAGCCGGAAGGAGCCAGGUGUGGUUGACAGCCAGGUGUUGCUGCAGCAGCUCAGGUACAAUGGGCUGCUCGAGACCAUCCGCAUCCGGCGAGAGGGCUUCUCCUGGCGACCGUCCUUUGAAGAGUUUGCACAAAAGUACCGAAUCCUCCUGAUCAAGCCAGAUGCUGCUCUUUCGAAGGAGAGCUGUUUAGAAAUUUUGCAGAGCACGGAGCUGGCAGGCUGGAAGUGUGGGAAGUCCCGUCUCUUCUUCAAGUACUGGCACCAGGAGCAGUUGGCAAGGAGCAUAGAGCACUUGGAAAAGGCAGCGGUCACCAUCCAGAAGACCUACAGGGGAUUCCACUGCCGGAGGAGCUACCGAGUACUGGUGGCCGAGCGGACUGCCCAGGCACGGCGGCUGCACGAGGCAGCAGAGAGGGAAAGGAACAGGCAGGUUGAGAUGGAGGCCCAGGCUCCUGAAACAGCCACCCCACCAGUCCCAGUGCCGCGGAGGAGACGUCUGUGGCCCCCGUCCCGCACUCAGGCUGCCGCCAACCUGCCACUGCAGCUCCCCAUCCCACGUCCCCGCAGCAAGCUUACAGAGUCCACUCCCUUCGACAACUUCCUGCAUGCUGGACCCUGCCCCACACUGGGGACAGCUGGAGAUGAGGCAAAGAAGAGGCAGAUCAAGAGGGGAGCAACGUUGCGCUGGUUCCGGGAGACGCAGGCCCGGAAGGUGCUGCAGGACGACGGGGCCUUCCCCAGCUGGCUGCAUGGAAUGAUCAGCAGGAGGGAAGCAGAGAACUUGCUGAUGGACAAGCCUCUGGGCUGCUUCCUGGUCCGGAUCAGCCAGAGCCGGCCAGGCUACACCCUGACGUAUAGGUAUGAAGCCUACCCUGGCCCCGCUGCUGGGACUAGGUUGGGGAUGGCAUUAACGCAGAUUCUGCCAUGGGCUGAGUGCCAUGCCUGGAGACCCUGGUCAGGGUGCUUUGGACACUGCCCAGAAGGGCCGUUGGGGCUCUGGUGGGCUUGGGCACAGUGGGGUCCGUGGGUGUGUGCUGGCGUGUACAGCACAGCAGGCAGGGCGGAGGGUGGUGCUGUUUGGGUGGGAAGCAGAUGCUGUAUCUGGGGCUGCCAGGGGCCGGCUGGAGGACGGGCAGGAGGUGUUCUCCUGACCAUGGGCGCCAGACAGGCCUAGCAGGGCAGGGUUGGG